GGAGGCGGCGGCGGCGGACGGAAAAGAUGGGACCGCUGAACGGAGAAGGGGACGGAGGCAAGCGACGGGGCGGAGUGAGAGGCGGGUGCGGUGCGUUUCUGCGGUAUUGCAUGCACUGGCUGCCCGAGAUCCUGUGGGUUCUCCUCAGCAUCGUGUGCUUGGCAGUCAUCAUCGCCGUGCUGAAGAAAUAUGAUGGACGCGGGCUCGCUGACUGGCCUUUGACCGUCUCGCUCAACACCGUGGUGGCCUUCCUGACUGCGAUAUGCCAGGUAGCUCUGGCGGUGCCCCUGAGCGAGGGGCUCUCGCAGCUGAAGUGGAACUCGUUCGCUCGGGGCGAAAGCCGCUGGCGGAUUUUGGAACGUUCGAGGACGCGAAGCGGAGUCCCGUGGGUGCCGUCAUGCUUCUCUACAGGAGAAAGGGAAGGGCACUCGGCGUGUCUGUAGCCGUGGCACUGCUGGCAAGCUUCCUUCUCUCACCGCUCACACAAGGUGCCAUAACCUACCCAACCCAGAGCGUCGAAGCAGGCAGCGGCACGGCAACGGUGGCCAAAAGCAAGUCCUACUCCCACCCGACACCGUACGAACGCCUGGACACCCGAGAGAAGCAAGCGAUCCAGUCGGGCAUCUAUCACGUAGUCGACGAGCAGGUGCCGCACCUGCAACCCCUCUGCAGCUCCGGCGACUGUCGAUGGCGCAACUUCAGCUCGCUGGCGGUCUGCAGCGCCGUGGCCGACGUAUCCGACCGGCUCACCAUCUCCAACCAGGCCACGGCACGCAGCCUGGGCGUGCCGCUCGGGGUCGCCAAUAACGAGACUGUCCGCGUGGCCCGCCUGCCCAACGGCCUGUUUUUGGCUGGCAGCACUGCCAGCUGCAACCUCAACGUCUCAUGGCCGCACGCCCCCGCCAACACCACCACCACCACCAACCAGGGGGCCACUGACGGGCCGGACGACGCCAGCCAACAGGGAAGCUUCCUCCCCGCCCGCACGAGCCUCGCCUUCUCGGACCAGGACGGCCGGGUGGCGAGCGCCAUCGCAAACUUCUUCCUGGUCUACACCAACCAGACGGCCGGGCUGGCGCCCGCUGCGGAGCACCAGCAGCAGCACCAGCAGCAGCACCAGCAGCAGCAACAGGAGCAGGGCGAGUUCCGCGCCGCCGAGGUGCUUCUGCACUUCUGCGUAAACACCUACCAGGUAUCGACGUUAGGCGGUGUGUCGACCAGCACGGUGGUCCACUCGUCCGCCCUGGCGGCAGCACCAGCCCAGGACGAGCCGGGCAGUAGCGCGCUCGUCGUCAGCGGCCGGGACGCCCCGCCGCCGCCGCCGGGGCGGGUGAUUUUGCGCGCCACCGGCAAUGCUGGCAACGGCAAUGGCGACGCAGACGACGCGGGCGUGUACUCGGUGGAGCGGGAGGACGUGCGGCUCCUCAACGGCUACGUCCUGUCGCUGUUCUCCGGCACGUACUCGCACGCCUACGGGAGCGCCAUCGGCGGCCAGACGCCCACGAGCGAGGUGCUGGGGACCGCCAUGUUUAGGUCGGGGCUGGACGCCGACGGCAUGCGCGCUGCGGUCGCGAACUUGACGACGAAUCUGGCUAUCAGCCUGACUAACACGAUCCGCGCCAUGAACUCGACAUUCGAGACCGGCACCGUCCUCGCGACGGAGAGCUACGUCCACAUCGAGUGGGCGUGGCUGACCUUUCUGGCCAUCCAGGUAGUGCUCUCGCUCAGCUUCCUGCUGGGCAUCAUGGUGCAGACGGCCGUCUGGAAUGUCAAGAUCGUCAAGGGAUCGUCGACGGCGACGCUGCUGGCCAUCCCGUCCCGGGACAAGGCCUACCUCGAGGAGCGGGAACACGUCGUGUUGGACGGCUCCCGCCUGGGCGUCGCGGGUGCUGAGAUGACCCGCAAACUGCAGAAUCUCAGCUGCAGGUUUAGGCCCGGGGAAAGGGGCUGGAAUUUGGACUUGGCCAGGAGGGAAGAGGGGUGAUGCUCUGGUGUAGCCGGUAUCUGGCUGGGUCAGACGUGGCUUGCCAUAUAGUAUGCUUGUAUGCCAACCCGCUGUGCCGAGAGCAGUCAUGUUCUUGUGGAGUCAUGGUUCGCGCCCGAGAACCUCCAUGUCUGCUGCCCCCACCUGGCUGCGUCGU